AUGGUAACUGGGUUUUCUCAGAACUUGAGGUUCUCCGAGAGUUUCAAGGCCUUUUCGCAGAUGAGAAUUGCUGGGGAGAGCCCGACCCAGUUUGCAUUUGCAAGUGUCAUCAGAGCUUGUGUGGUUCUUGGGUCGGUUGAGAUUGGGAGGCAGCUGCAUUCUCUUGCUUUGAAAUUGGGCUUGGCUUGUGAGUUGUUUGUGGGCAGUAACUUGGCGGAUAUGUAUUCGAAAUGUGGGUUCAUGGUUGAGGCUUUUAAUGGCUUAGGAAAUGACGCCUUGGAAACUUUUAGUAGAAUGGUCCAGGCAGGAGUGAAACCAAAUGCAAUAACAUUUAUCAGUCUUUUAACAGGUUGUAGCCAUUUUGUAUUGGUAGAGGAAGGUUUAAAGUACUUUUACUCUAUGGAGAAAACAUAUGGCAUAGUACCUAGAGCUGGACAUUACUCUUGCAUUAUUGAUUUACUUGGCAGGGCUGGAAGGCUUGAAGAGGCCGAAGAUUUUAUUAACAGCAUGCCAAUGCAGCCAAAUGCUUUUGGGUGGUGCCCCUUUCUUGGUGCUUGCACGAUUCAUGGUGAUAAAGAGGGGCAUAUAUACUGGCAGCGGAGAAAUUGA